CACGAAACCCCGCUAAUUUAGGCGUUUGCGUUACUUCCCUUUCUGUACAGAUACAUAUACGGACAUGUAAUUAAACAUGGGUCGGAAAAGUGCCACUCUUUCUUGUACACCAAGACGUUCUACUCGACCAGUUAGGUCAACUGAUCAAGUCCAAACACCUGAAAAUAAGAAGUCGGUUAAUCCAGCUAAAAAGUCAAGUCAGUUGGCCACAAUCGAGGAAAGUUCUUCCAGUAGCAAAGAUGAACAUGUAUCCGCUUUGAACAAGCAUACAAAAAGACGUAGUAAACGAAUUAGUUCAAGAGUAGAAACACAGAAACCAAGUCUUAAAGGAACAUUGGGUUUGGAGAAAAAAGGCGAAUUGUUCGGAGACGAUAAAGAGUUAUCGACAGAUCGCCACUUCCAAGAUGAGUGUAAUGACAGCGAUUCAAGUGAUUUCGUAUCCCAGUGCUCAAGUGUCGAAAGACCUAAAAGCAAGAGAAAAGGCAAUUUGCGUUUGUUUUCAGAAUUCAAACCUAAGAAUGUGGCUAAAAAACGAAGUAAACCAUUGAACAACGUUAAUGUAGUUGAAAAUUUUCAAAGUAUUGUAAAUAAUGAUUCAGACGACGAGACAGAAUGGGUUGAAGUGGAUGAUGAGCCAACUAAUGAAUUAGAUUUCAUGCAUAACCUUUUGAAUUUCAGUUCAAAUACUGUACCUUGCGAAAAUGGAGAAAAAAAAACCUGCAUCACUAACUGUAGCUAUCCCUCUUGAUAGUCUCACUAAAAAACAUUCUAAACAAGAUCCAAAACUUCUCGAGUUACUUGCACUAAAACGCAAACUAAAAGAACAUUACACAUUGAUGCAUUCAGUUCAUGUGUUAUGUUUUCUUGCUCAUAGUCGUGUGAUAAAUCGAACUUGUGACAGUUCCUUAUGUUGGGCUUUAGGUAUUUCACUUUUGGCCAAUACAAAUGCAGUGUACAAUCAAAAAACAAAACAGUUUAUCAGAUUAUCAUUGUGGUCAAUUGAACAUGUAGAGGCGUGUCUUGUUUCAUUGUUGUCUUAUCAAGGAAUGCAAUUAUGUACUGAGAAUAAUUCAUGCGGUGAUUAUGAAUACCAGCUUGUUCGUCGUCUUUCAGAGUCAAAAUCAACUGAAGGUGAUUGUCUCAUACUACUCGUUGCAGCUCUUCGUUCUCUUGGAUUCGAUGUACGAAUAAUCCUUGGUCUUCAUCCAAUACCUUUAUUACCUAGUGAACCAGCGACCAAGAUGCUUACGUCUAAAACUAAGGAAAUUAAAAGUUCCAAUAAGGGAAAACAUAAUCGAAAAAUCAUUUCUUCAGAUGAAGAAGACAUAUUUGAUACCAAUUCUGAUCAUCAUUAUUAUAAUGAGAAUUCAAAAUCCAGCAUUACUCUAUUUGCUGAAGUAUUUCUACCGAAAUUGAAUCGUUGGGUAUGUAUUGAUCCAUCAUCGCCUACAGGUGUUGUGGAUAAAGUGAAUUUCAAACAUGGAUCUUUAUAUGUUGUCGGUGCUUGUUCUGUACGAUCAGCGAGUUCUGAGUUAGUAUCUUAUGUUGGUAGAAACCCAGUUGACCUGUCCCCUCGUUAUGUUCAGGAUUGGUGUGUUUCUGCUCGUACUCAUCGCAUUCCUGCUGAGAAGUGGAGUAGUUUUCUUGAUAUACAAAGUAGAUUUUUUGAUAAAGAUGCCGUUGAAUAUGAUGCUUUAGUUUCUAAGUUAAGUACAGUCCCAACUUUUCAACGAGAUAAAAAAGAUAAGGAUUCUAUUCAAGAAAAGCUUUUAUCUGAACCUCUACCUAAACGUAUGCAAGACUUUAAGAAUCAUCCAUUGUAUGUUCUCCAACGCCAUUUACUUAAAUUUCAAGUUAUUCAUCCACCUGAUUCAAUCCCCUUGGGAUAUUUUCGUAAUGAACCGGUUUAUUCUCGUGAUUGUCUUCAUCUUUGUCAUACCAGAGAAUCAUGGUUAAAAGAGGCUAUGACCGUUCGUCUUCAUGAAAAACCCGCAAAAGUUGUUAAAGCUCGUUUAUCAAUGAAGCGUAAGUUGUUACAAGGUUCCGAUUCUACACCUCCAACUGUUGAAGUAUUCGGUCCAUGGCAAGUGGAACCGUAUGUACCACCGAAAGCUGAAAAUGGUAUUGUCCCACGUAAUGCGCAUGGAAAUGUUGAUUUGUUUAAACCGUGCAUGCUUCCUAUAGGCUGUGCACACUUAUGUCUUUCUGGUAUUCAGUAUAUUGCUAAAAAACUUGGAAUUGAUUGUGCAGAAGCUGUUGUUGGUUGGACAUUUCAUGGUAGUGGUUGGGCUCAUCCAAAUAUAAAGGGUUAUGUUGUCUGUAAAGAGUUUGUACCAGUUCUUAUUGAUGCAUGGCGUACGGAACAAAUGAAUGCAGCAAAAUUAGAGCAUGAAGAACGAAUAGAACGUGCGCUAAAAAACUGGAAACGAUUAGUUCGUGGACUCUUUAUAUGGCAUCGAGUUAAAGCACAAUUCGCUUUAGCUCCAUUGCAUAAUAAACAAGCUACUAUUGAAAAAUACGAAAAAAACAAAACAGUAAAACAUAAAGAAAUGACUAGCAAAAAAGUUAUUCCAUUGUAUCUUAAAGAAGAGGAAGAGAAAAUUCUUGAAUCUUCAAUCUCUCUAGAUAUCCCAGUUAAAAAUGUUGAAACUGACAAAGGAUGGAUACGUUUAGGUACAGAUGAUAAAGCUCAUUCAUUACCUAAAUUGUUGUCAGUCGCCAAAUCAUGCCCUCCCAAACGUUGUAAUCCACCUAGAAAAAAGCGUAAUGUAAUUAAAUAUGAAGAAUCUUCAAGUGAAGCAUCGGGUACGGAGAUACCAAGCUCAAAAGAUGAUUCAGCAGAUGAAUUUGUAGAAAAAUUUGAUUCUAGUGAAUAGGAUCUGAAUUAUGCAUUGAAUGAUCAAUAAUUUCAAAAUAGAAAUUCAAUUCGUUUUAAUUAACUUUAAAAAGAAACACUUAAACAUUUUAACAAAAUAUAAAAUUUUUUAAUGGUCCAUCUUUAUCUUUUACACAAUAACAGUACUCUCAAUUCCAUUAUAUAUAAGUACGCAUAACACCUGGAGCUGUUGUCUGUUCCGAAUAAGAACUAUCUAGUGAGAUAAUUAUCGGUGUAAAUACUAUUAUUCAUUCAAAAGCACAUAUAAUCUCUGAAGCUGGCUCGAUACAUAUUGGAUCAUAUAUAUAUAUAUAUAUAUAUAUAUAUAUAUAUAUAUAUAUAUAUAUAUAUAUAUAUGCAUUUAUAUUCAAUAGAUCUUUAUAAAUUUAUUUAUUUUUCAAGUGAGAUUUUAAAUUGUACUUUCGCGCCAAAUCUUUUUAUUUUAAUCAUGUUUAUUACCUUCAUUUAUAUUCAUAUUUUUCUACAUGUAAAAUGCAUUUCCACUUAUAUUGCAUUACACAUUUGAUUAACAUGUACUUUACUGAGAAAGAAAUGCAUUAAAGAAUUUUUUUAAGAAUUUCUAUUUGUAACCGUAUUGUGGACUUGAUAUUUUAUAAAGAUAGUAAUUAAUCUGUAAAUUUUGUUAGUAUUAUCACAUUAAA